CAUAGAUGCUACUGCAUAUAAAUUUUUUUUUUUUUAUGGUUAAAAUGAAAACGUGCGAACGUUGGCGUAAGAUUAACAUAUAAUCGAGAGGAAGUUGCAGACAGUAAUUUAUUGACAAAUAAUUCAAAAAUCAUAAUUAGAACUGGUAUUUAAAUAAUUUUCUCAAAAAUUUUCCAGCAAACAGACAAUUACAAGCCGACUGUCGCAUAAAAAGAAAUUAAUUAUUUGAUGCUACAAUGGCUUUUAAUACCAAUAAGUCUGAAUAUAGCCUUCAGACAACCCAAACAAAUCUCACAUCUAUUUUAAAAUCGUACCAGCCCACAGAAAGAGAAAAAGCUAAAAGCACAGUCAUCAAUAGAGUACGUUUUGAAAUGCCAAAACAAAAGGGCUUACUCUUUGCGGUAAAAGAGGUAGAGGAAAGUCAAAAUUAUGCUGCUAUAGAUGAAUUUGUGGCUUUCUUAACGGAUAACUUUUUGCAUGAUCAUGAAUUUUUAAAUAUCUUUCAUGACGCUCUCUCCCUUUGUAAUCAAUUAACCGCGAAAUACACCCCAUUGGUAGAAGCUUUGCUUGCGUUGUCGUGGAAUAAGCGUUCGACUGAAGUUGUAAAAGCAUACAGUGAAUUUUGCCUUGACAUUUUAGUGGCUCACAAUAACUAUUUAUCAUUCGCUGUAAGGAAAUUGAUCAGUUUAUGGAUACCAAGUGAACCAAAUAAAGAGACAAGCUUAAAUAGUGAAAUAUCGAAUGAGUUGCAGGUUAUACACCAGUUAUUGGAAAAAAUUCUUAAUGCUAUACCUAUGGCAUUCGAUGCUAUUCUAGACGCGAUUGAAUCGUUAUUUCCCUAUUAUAAAAGGUCUUCGUAUAUUAGUUAUAUUCAUAACUUGCUAAAGCUGUUAGAGUAUAAACCGAUAUUUACAGAGUACAUAAUACAAUUAUUAAUGGAAAAACUGGCUAUUUUAGAUGUAAAUGCUCCACGCCACGAAAUUGAAGAUUUGGAAAGUGAUGAUGAUAAUGAAGAGAGUGAAGCAGGAGAAAUAUAUAACGAAGUAAUACCAAGGCAUGAGAAAGCUAAGAAAGAGGAGCAAUCUAUGAAUCAUCCAAUAGCCAAAACGCUGGACAUUAGUAUGUUGGCAGUUUUCAAUUUUCUUAAGAAAAGAAGUUCUUCAGAAUCAUCAGAAAAAGAAACACUAAGCGACUCAUUAAAGUUUCUACAAAUUUUAAUUAAAGCUUUCGAUGCGGUUAUUUUACCCAUACAUAAUACGCAUCAUGUCCAAUUUUUGAUAUUCUAUUAUUGCAGUUUAAAGCAAACUUUAAGCCAAGUUUUUUUAGCUUCUUUGUGGAACAAAGUUACAAAUCCGAAUUGCCCUGCGUUAAUCAGACAGGCCUCCGUAGGAUAUUUAUCCAGCUUUUUGGCACGAUCUGCGUUUAUUCACAUAAAUAUUAUUAAGUUAUAUCUUAAAGAAAUGUGCGACUGGUGUCAACAAUAUAUCAAAGGCUCCGAACUAUCUCGGUCAAAUGUUUCUUUGAAAUCUAAUUUGGUAUUCUACUCCGUUUGUCAAGCUAUUUUCUAUAUAAUAGCUUUUCGUAGUCGAGAUUUGACUGUGGACAAGAAAAGUAUUUUAUUUCUGCAAUCACUGCAAUUAACAGCUCUGGUGACGUCUACUUACAACCCGUUACGAGUGUGUUUGCCGGCAGUGGCUACAGCUUUUGCCGGUGUUACGAGGGCUUACCAAUUAGCUUAUUGCCAUGCUAUUUUAGAACGUAAUGCCCGUCGCAAACUAGCUACUAUAUAUGCCAAUGAUACCGCUACGCCUGAAGAAAUUCUAGACACAUUUUUCCCUUUUGACCCUUAUUUAUUGAAAGUCUCUGGUCAGCGUAUAUCACCGAUUUACUUGCAAUACCAGGCCAGCGAUGCAGAAGAACGUUCUUCUCAUUCUUUAACGCCUGAAUCUAUUAAAGCCUCAGAUCGAAAACGAGGUCAUCCUGAAACGUUGGGUGACCAUGACGUUGAUGAUUUCCUGCCCGACGAUAAGCGUCAAAAGUUAAUAGAUACGAAAGUAGAUCAACCAAGACAUUUAUCUUAAUAAGUGAGCUGAUGAAGAGUUCAAAUAAUUCAUUUUUAUUUGUAUGAAUCACCAGGAACGUUCAGAAGAUCUUUAAAACUUUUGUUUAGAAUAAAUUGUGCAAAUUAUUGCAAUAAAUAGUAA